AUGCGAGAUCUUCAACUACAUGUGUUUGUAGACGCAAGUGAAGCAGCCUAUGCUUGCGUAGCAUACCUCCGAUUGGACUGCGUAGAAGGAACGAGAUGUGCAUUGGUGGCCUCAAAAACAAAGGUGGCUCCUUUGAAACCGCUUUCGAUUCCUCGGAUGGAGCUACAGGCAGCUAUGAUUGGGGCCCGACUGAUGCAGACAGUCUGUUCUUCGCUUACACUUCCGAUCAGCAAACGUUUCCUAUGGUCAGACUCAACCACAGUACUGGCAUGGUUACACUCGAACAGCCGUCGUUACCACCAAUUUGUGGGAUUCCGUGUUGGGGAGAUACUCUCCCUGAGCAGCUUGGAUGAAUGGAGGUACGUGCCAUCAGCUUUGAAUGUAGCUGAUGAUGCGACUAAGUGGAUAUGUGGUCCAACAUUUGAUCCCGAUAGCCGCUGGUUCAAGGGUCCAGAGUUCCUUGCGAAAGAAGUUGAUGAAUGGCCCGUGAAAGCUGAGAAUCACACUACCACCAGUGAAGAACUUCGUCCUGUCCUCCUACAUCAAUUCAAUGUACUGGAGAAGUUGAUAAACGAGAACCGAUUUUCCAAUUGGAACCGUCUGGUCAGAGCUAUGGCCUACGUACAUCGAGCGGUUUCUCUACUGAUGAAGAGGAUUCCGGUAGAAGAACGAGGUUCUGCUCUACAACGCAUUGAAAUCCAGGAAGCCGAGUAUACAGUGCUACGUCAAGUGCAAGCCGAAGCGUAUGCGGAUGAAGUAACGAUACUGCAAAACGAAGGAACAAUUGUCAAAUCCAGCUCCCUUUACCGGCUAACCCCAUUCCUGGACGACCAUGGCAUAAUUCGGAUGGGCAGUCGAAUAGGGGCCGCUCCGGAAGCUUCAUAUACUACCAAAUAUCCCGUGAUAUUGCCCAAAAAACAUCGUGUUACGGCACUAAUAAUCGACAGUUUUCAUCGAUGCUUUCUGCACGGAAAUAAUGAGACGGUCCACAACGAAAUGAGACAGCAGUAUUACAUUUCUGGGCUUCGUAAUCUAAUCCGAAAAGUUUCGCGAGAAUGCCAGCUAUGCAAGGUAAGGAAUGCAGUUCCCAAGCCUCCGAUGAUGGCUCCGCUUCCUAGUGUCCGGCUCACACCGUUUAUACGAGCAUUCACCUACGUUGGAGUGGACUAUUUUGGUCCACUAGAGGUAAAGGUAGGUCGAAGUAUGGUUAAAAGAUGGGUAGCACUUUUCACCUGUCUAACGGUGAGAGCAGUUCACCUUGAAGUUACUCAUAGCCUAUCCUCACAGUCGUGUAUCAUGGCCUUUCGAAGAUUCGUUGCCCGACGAGGUGCACCACUUGAAGUGUAUUCAGAUAAUGGCACCAACUUCGUGGGAGCCAACCGCCAGCUGUCCGAAGAGCAACAGAAGAUCCUAGGCAUCAACCGGGAAUGUGCUUCUACCUUUACCAAUGCGUACACCACUUGGAAGUUCAACGUUCCAGCAGCUCCACACAUGGGUGGGCCAUGGGAGCGUUUAGUGAGAUCAGUGAAAACUGCGAUGAAGGCGAUAUCUGGUAGCCCACGAUGCGAUGAGGUAUUGGAAACAAGCGAUGAGGUAUUGGAAACAAUCUUGCUAGAAGCAGAAGGGAUAGUCAACUCAAGGCCACUGACAUAUGUGCCGUUAGAGCAAGCAGAUGGCGAAGCACUAACACCAAAUCAUUUUUUACUGUACGGAUCGAGCGGAGUGAAGCAACCGGAAACGGAGCCGGUAGGCGAUGGCAAUAUUCUUUGA